UUGGUGCAGAGCGAGUUUGUGGGACGCGCAGUGCACAGUGGGUGUUGGGUUCCUAAUCAGAAAUUUACAAAUACACAAAAAUGAAUAAGUAUAUCGUCGGUUCUGCUGUCCUGGUGACCCUAUUGGGACUAUACGUCAGGCAAGGGGAAGCGCUCAUGUGCUGGGACUGUAACAGCGCCCUGGACCCAAGGUGCGGAGAGUUCAACUUCGACAAACACACGCUGGACACUGUCAACUGCUCCCACGUCUACAAUGAGUAUCUCAGGAAAAAGGAACCUCUCUACUGCAGGAAAAUAGUCCAGACAAUUCAGGACACCGUGCGCACUGUGCGAGGCUGCGGCUGGCUCGAGGAGACGAAGGCUGAUGUCGGAGGCUGCUACGUCAGGACCGGCACGAAGGACAUCAUGGUGAAGUACUGCCACUGCAAGGGCGACGAGUGCAACGGCGGCGCCUCCCUCGUGGCCUCCUUGGGACUGGCCACAGGACUCCUGGCCUUAACCAAGCUCUUCUAGUCGCGCCAGAACCACUUAGUGUGUUGGGAAACCAAUUCGCUCGGCGCUUUUAUGCUACAUUUAAAACACACAAAAGUCAAAUACUCAAAUUCGGCCCCGGUAGUAAACAGCUUCGAAAUUAAUCGACAUCGUGUUUUUUUAUGGGUUGUGAUGAUGCCUAUUGCUGAGGAUGUAAAUAAACUUUAGCAGUAACACGAAAAUGAUACUGUGGAACUCAAGAAUAAUAACUAUAAGAGCAUAAUUUUUUCAGGAAUUAUUGACUAGUAUGUCCUUGGCGUCUCGUUGCACUACGACCGAGAAUCUCAUUUGUUGUUAGCGCUCUUAGCGUUAGCGCCUCGUGUACUGUUCCAACUUUGAACAACCACCACUGUGUACUGUACUCAUAUUGAACGGCCUCCCUUGUGUAUUGUAACAACAUCAAAGAAUUUACAUGUAAUGAUUUGUUUUGUGAAGAAGAAGAAACAAAAAGGUUACACGGAAAAGCCUCCUCUGCCUUACACAGAGAGUGGAUGAAGCAGGAUUGCUGUAGAGUUCCACACUGCCUUUCGCACCUGUUAAACAAACUCCAGACACUGUUUUAUCAUUUGUCCCUUGAUGCUGCUGGAGACAGUGGUCUGAACCGUCACUGGUCAGAGCCGAUCAGCCCAAAUUAACUGACAAUGCACAAUUUGCUAACCAUGAACUCCCCGAAAGCACAAAAUGCAAACGACCCCUCCAGGGUUUAGACCUAUUUCUCUCCAGUAAUGUUGAUUUUCCAUUCACCGAUGAAUCAGGGGAAGGCAGCUCGAACUCAGAAUCCAUUUUCACUUUCCGGAUUUAUAAAUAUUCAAAGCACUUUCCAGAGGGAAUCGUGGGGACGAAUUACCUCCUUCUGAUUCACCACGAGAAUGUUUGCUUGGGUUCCGUGCACACGCUCGGAAUUUGCAUUCUCACUAUCUUAGUGCAAAUGACAGAAAUAUUCACAAGUGUAGCAUAAUGUGUACAUAGAUAAGCAGUUUUAAUGCUCUCUCUUCUGCUUGUCAGUGGAAAACUUUGCCUUGUAAAAAUGCAAGUUCAAAUUGUGCUUAGUGAUGUAGAGAUGAUGAGUCUGUAAAUGAAAUAACUUUUGUCCAAUAAAUGAACACUAUUGGAAGACCUGUGGUGGUGCGAAGCUUUGAUUCUCGACCUUAGGCUCUCGCGUGAGGUUAAGUCUGCGCGGCCGCCCGCCUUGAGCCGCCGAGGCGCUCCCGGCAGCAAGCAAGUCUCAUCUACCGCCUUACCUCGUCACACCUUGGUUUUCAUUCGAGCAUGCUGCCUCUUCUCUCGCCUUGUGUUUUCAGUUCUUUCCUUGGUUUACUAGACUUCUCCCUCCGCGACUCUCUCUCCAGAGUGUCGGUUUCCAUGCUGCUCGUCAAAUGCAUGAUAUGAUGACCAGACAUUCAAGUAUACACACUACCAUGGGUUCGGCGUCUUCUCGUGUCAAGACGCAACGGAGGUUGAUACUCACAUUAUUUUCUCUGUGAAUCUGACUGUUCUGCUAUUCGUGGUACAGCAUGGUCACACUACCGAUAUGUGUGGUAUGUCCGCCACUGGACGCUGUUGCCGUGAAAAUUGUAGAUGUUGUUUUAGACACGUUAUCCUGUGAUUCACGAGCGGGAUAAUAGCUCUUACUGCCUUAAUCGUUUGAUCCUAGUGACCUGGGAACAUAUGUCAAAGCAUUAAGAAUAUAUAUAUAUGGCUGAAACUAGCUCUUGCUUAUGAUUUUCUUUUCUUUGCUUUUGAGAUGUGAAUUGUUGCUCUGAUAUAAACAUUGGCGAAGCUUUGUUUAUUUAUGAUACGGUAUAUUCCCAUGCUCUGACGAUGGGAAAUUUAGUCAGUCUACACUAUGUUUUUUGUUUGAUAAUAUCAAUGGUUCGUGAAUGUUGUGUUUUGUGGGGAAACCUGUAUGGUUGUCGUGUACAUGUUAGGAGUAAAACGUACUUUACAACUUGAGAACAGCCACUCAUCAUACCUGUAAUUGUAGAUUUAUGCUGUAGCUUCUACUGUAUUGCUUCUUUGACGGUAAGAAAAAAAAAAACACUGAUGACUUAUUUGUUAUUUUCUCUAAAAAUUGGAUACGACAGCAUUUGGUUGUUAGCAAGCAAGCAUCUUUGCUCGAUUCUAAUAGUAUAUUGACAGACCCUAUGACGAAGGCAGCUAUUUCAUAAUAAAACGUUUGGUUAGA